CAUGAGACACGAGUAGGAGCCGCAUACGGGGUAGUUGUCUCCGAGGGGCGGCAAGGGAAAAGGAUUAGCCAUGUCGUCUUUGAUCAGAAAGGUGAUCAGCACCGCGAAAGCGCCAGCGGCCAUUGGUCCCUACAGUCAGGCUGUGUUAGUCGACAGGACCAUUUACAUUUCAGGACAGCUAGGCAUGGAUCCUGCAAGUGGACAGCUUGUGCCAGGAGGGGUGGCAGAAGAGGCUAAACAAGCUCUUACAAACAUGGGUGAAAUUCUGAAAGCAGCGAGCUGUGACUUCACGAAUGUGGUAAAAACAACUGUUUUGCUGGCUGACAUAAACGACUUCAAUACUGUCAAUGACAUCUACAAACAAUAUUUCCAGAGUAAUUUUCCUGCAAGAGCUGCUUACCAGGUUGCUGCUUUGCCCAAAGGAGGCCGUGUUGAGAUUGAAGCAGUAGCUGUCCAAGGACCUCUCGUGACAGCAUCACUCUAAGUGGGCCCAGUGUUAUUUAGCCUGGAAUUUUAAUAAUGUUUUUAAAUUAACGUCUUAAUUUUUACAGUAUUUGUUGGAAAGUGUAAGGUUGACAGAAAUAUCUGAAGUUAUUAUGAAAAUACCAUAUAAUAAGGGGAAUUGAACAUGAGUUGAAGAUUAAUGAUGAAUCUAGUUACUGAUGUUAUAAAUUACACUUCUGUAGCACUCAUAUUACUGGAUGUGGGAAAAGAGACACACAUUACAUAGUUACUCAGAAAAA